AUGGCUCCCGUUCUCAAGAAGUACAAGGCCGCCGCCGUCAACGCUGAACCCGGCUGGUUCAACUUGGAGGAAUCCGUCCGCCGGACCAUCCACUGGAUCAACGAAGCCGGUGAAGCUGGCUGCAAGUUCAUUGCCUUCCCUGAGCUCUGGAUCCCCGGAUACCCCUACUGGGCCUGGAAGGUGACCUACCAAGAGAGCCUCCCCCUCCUCAAGGCCUACCGCGAGAACAGUCUUGUCUCGGACUCAGAUGAAAUGCGCCAGAUCCGCGCCGCUGCCCGCACGAACAAGAUCUUCGUCUCCCUGGGCUACUCCGAGCUGGACCUGGCCAGCCUCUACACCACGCAGGUGCUCAUCUCGCCCACGGGCGAGGUGAUUAACCACCGUCGCAAGAUUCGCGCUACUCACGUUGAGCGCCUUGUCUUCGGAGAUGGAACCGGUGACACUACCGAGUCUGUUGUGCAGACUGAGAUCGGACGUGUUGGACACUUGAACUGCUGGGAGAACAUGAACCCGUUCAUGAAGUCGUAUGCGGCUUCGCUGGGUGAGCAGGUGCAUGUUGCUGCUUGGCCUUUGUAUCCGGGUAAGGAGACGUUGAAGUACCCGGAUCCGUUUACCAAUGUUGCUGAGGCAAACUGUGAUCUCGUAACUCCCGAGUAUGCCAUCGAAACCGGCACCUUCACCCUGGCUCCCUGGCAGACUAUCACGGCCGAGGGAAUCAGACUCAACACCCCUGCUGGUCGGGACUUGGAAGACCCUAACAUCUACAACGGCCAUGGUCGUAUCUUCGGCCCUGACGGUCAGAACUUGGUUCCCCACCCCGACAAGGAAUUCCAGGGUCUUCUUUACGUUGACAUCGACCUCGAUGAAUGCCACCUGUCCAAGUCGUUGGCCGAUUUUGGUGGUCACUACAUGCGCCCCGAUCUUAUCCGCCUGCUUGUCGACACCAACCGCAAGGACCUGGUUGUCCGGGAGGACCGGGAGAAUGGAGGUGUUGCCUACACCAAGACCAUUGACCGGGUUGGAUUGACGGCUCCUUUGGAUGAGGAGUAA